AUGGGACUAUUCCCACCUUCAUACAAGAACCUGUACAUUAUGGUCGCAGUGGAUUAUGUCUCAAAGUGGGUGGAGGCAAUCGCCAGCCCCACUAAUGAUGCGCGUGUUGUGACCAAGAUGUUCAAAUCUAUCAUCUUUCCAAGGUUUGGAGUACCUAGGGUGGUCAUAAGCGAUGGAGGCACCUACUUCAUCAAUAAGGUCUUCCAAGGCCUCUUGAAAAAGAAAGGUGUCAAGCAUAAAGUUGCAACCGCAUAUCACCCUCAAACAAGUGGCCAAGUGGAAGUGUCUAAUAGAGAGAUCAAGAGCAUCUUGCAGAAAACAGUCGGCACUACACGCAAGGACUGCCUUCAGACGCCACUAGGGACCACUCCAUAUCACCUGGUCUAUGGCAAGGCUUGUCAUCUCCAUGUGGAACUAGAGUACAAGGCGACAUGGGCUGUCAAACUGCUCAACUUCGAUAUCAAAUCAGCCAAGGAGAGGCACUCCAUCCAGAUUCACGAGCUAGAAGAGAUCAUGCAUAUGGCUUAUGAGAGCACAAAGAUCUACAAAGAAAAGACCAAGGCAUAUCAUGACAAGCAGAUCAUCAGCAGAAGCUUUGAACCGAAUGAUCAGGUCCUGCUCUUCAACACCAGGCUGAAGCUGUUCCCAGGAAAGCUGAAGUCAAGAUGGUCUGGGCCGUUCACCAUCAAGGAGGUCCGGCCAUAUGGAGCAGUUGUGUUGCUGGACACAAACGGAGGAGAGUUUGUUGUUAAUGGACAGCGUCUCAAGCCAUACCUUGCUGAAACAACAAUCGCAGACGGUGAAGAAAUUCCCUUUAGCGAUCCCUCCACAGCCUAA